AUGGUGGCUCUCUGUGGCAAAAGAGAGACAGUCAGGCGCUCCCGUGCUCGACAGAGCGCCAAAGCCUAUCUAUCUAUAAAGACUGAGCCUCCCGAAAUAGAACACAAAACGUUGCCCAGCCCCGAUCGAUUCCCUCUGCUCCUGCAUGCUGCGCAAUGUCCCGACUACAUCGGCGAUAAGCGCCUCUCUCGUGAAGAGCGUACCUUUGCAUACUGCCGCCCGACUGUUAUGAACGACCAUUUCGAUGACCAGCAUCUAGUCAGACGCGAGCAAGCUGAGCGGAGAGGAGAGAUAAUACGGUGCGACCAUCCCGAAUGUCGAGGCAUCAAAUUGCAGCACGUCAACCACUUCCGGCGUCAUGUUAAGGAAGUCCAUGGUGUUGCGCUGCGGACUUCAGAGCAAGUGAGGCAGAGGCGACAGCGCAAGCAGCCUAAGCAGCGUCGCCAAAAGGCGGCCGGUGAUGCAUACGUCACGCAUAAUUAG